AAAGUUGCGGCGGGGCGGGGGUCCGAGAUGGGGUCGAGAGCGGGAAGAAACUGAAGGGAAAACCGGAAAAAUUGUAUGAAAAAAGUGGUUAAACGUAAAAAACAUAAGAAAAUAAGAAAUAGCGGUUAAAAAAUCGAAACUGGCUGCUGAAAGGUGGAAGGGCUGAUGGUGAAGAUGCUGAAGAAAAGUGGUGACUCGGGAACGAUAUGGCGAUGCCUGUCGUUGCUUUGCUUGAUUUUAGGCGACACCGUUGUCGCUCAAACUCUCCAAACAUGUCCAGUCCACGUGGCCAUAUCUCCCUGCGUUUGCUCCGUAAAAACUCUCGGUCUCGAUAUCAUUUGCGAAUCCACCGAUCACACUCACAUCAGCAAAGCCAUGGACGUUCUCAAGGGGCAACCGAAAACCGUGAUUUUCUAUCUCAAACUGAGACACAACAAUUUGCCGAAACUCCAGGGCUUCGUUUUCCUCGGUCUGAUCGUUCAACAUCUCACCAUCCAUAACAGCAGCCUCGCUGUCGUUGAGGAGAGCUCCCUCAGCUCGAUCGGCACCGGACUCACGCAGCUCGAUCUUUCCCAAAAUUCUCUCGUUUACGUGCCCUCGAGCGCCCUCGCGAAACUUCACAAUCUUCUCAUCCUCAACCUGAAUCAUAACAAAAUCAGCGAUCUCAAAUCCAACUCGUUUGCUGGUCUCGAUACUCUGGAAAUCCUCAAUCUCUACGGCAACAAAAUAUCGACGAUCGAUCACGACGCUUUCACAGGACUGGAUGAUCGCAAGCUUAAGAGAUUGAAUCUCGGUGGUAAUCUUCUGACCAGUGUUCCAACCCGAGCACUCUCCUCAUUGGACGUUUUGAAGAAGCUGGAAAUGCACGAGAACAAAAUCGCAGCCAUCAAGGAGGGCGAUUUCGCAGGAUUAAAAAUGUUAGAUUCUCUCGUGCUGGCGCACAAUCAAAUCCACGAAGUUCCGGCACGUGUUUUUUCCCAUUUGACCCAACUGAAUUCCCUCGAGCUGGACGGCAAUCAGAUUACUCACGUUGAUCCGGAUGCUUUUAUUGGAUUGGAAGAGAAUCUUCAGUACCUUCGACUCGGCGACAACAAUUUGCAUUCCAUACCGAGCGACGCGCUGCGUCGUUUGCAUCGGCUUCGCCAUCUCGAUCUCCGAUCCAACAAUAUAACUUUUCUCCCGGAAGACGCUUUCACGGGGUACGGGGACUCCAUAUCGUUCCUGAACCUCCAAAAGAAUUUAAUUAAGGUGUUGCCACCGAUGAUAUUCGAGAAUUUGAACUCUCUGGAAACUUUGAAUCUCAAGAACAACAAACUCGUUCACAUACCCGAGGACAUAACCGAGGCUGUCGUCGACACGUUGAAAAUGAUUGACAUUACAGACAACCCAUUGAUUUGCAACUGCGAUUUGCGAUGGUUUUCUGUGUGGCUGAAAAAUUUGCGAGACAAGGAUGACGAGAUGAUGGCGAAGAAGCGAACGGUCUGCCUCAUGUCAUCGGAGCACCGGGAGUACGCGGUGCAGCACAUACCGCUGGAGCGAAUGGGUUGCGUCGGGAAGAACGCAGGGAGAACAUCGGCCUCGGCUCACGUGUCGGCUCGUCCAAUGACGAUCGUGCAUUUCGGUUUGAUGAUGGGUAUGUUGGCUCUCUUAUAAGCGGAGAGUCCUCGCGAGAGUCUCGAAGAUGAAGACUCCAACCCACUUUGUUUCUUCGAUUGUCCAUUAUUGCACUGAUGAUUUCUUUAUCGAUUGGGGAAAAUAAUCGACCAGAUUCGAGAUAAAUUUAUCUAAAUUCAAUCGCGUUCAACUUCGACAAUCCAAUUAGUCAAAGCGCAGUCAAUUUUUUUUCUAAAACUCCAUUAGAGGGGGAAAAACGAAUGGUUUUUUUGAGUGUGAUAAACGAACGUAAAAGUGGAGCGAAAAAAAUCAUUUGUCUUAUUUAUAGGUUUGCUUAGCCCAGCUUUUUUCAUAGCCAAAUAUAUAUAUACAAACACACAUAUAAAAAAUAUAUGAAUUGCAAUUUAUUAUUGCUGAAAGGAGCAGAGAUAAGUGAAUGAAAGUAGCGAAGAAAUAUAACGUAAAUUUUAUUCGCGUUAAAUGCCUGUGUGAUAAGGAUAUUUAAACGAUUAUUCACUACGAUUGUAACAUUGUCAUUGUGUUAUGAAAAAAUAUAUAUGUGUCAGGGAAAGUGCGACCGAGAGCGACGGUCGUGCGAUCCCUGAUCGCAUUGUUGUUUGAAAUAACAAAAAUAUUAUAACAACAGUAUAUAUCGGUGACUACAUUGUAAUUAAGGGAUUCUAUUUAUCGAAUUUUAUUGCACAUGGAGUUCGAAGAUAAGAGCUUUUAUCAUUGAAACGAUACAUAUCAAGAAUCGUUGCCAAGAGGAUUUCCUUUUCCCGUGUCCUCUUUUUUCUAAUCGUCAACGUCAAUUUAUCUCUAUCGUUUUUUAGAAUUAAUCAUAAAAACCAUGGUCCCCGAUUAUUUUGGCGGGGAGGAGCGAUCUCCUCGUCACUCGGGAUUAAAGACACAUAUCAGCGCGUUUCAAAAAGAAAAAAAAAAAAAACUACGUGAAUAUGCUCGAGAAAAGGGGCUGCAAUUCUCGAAAAAAAGAUUUCUUUUUCAAUUUUUUUCUUUUCGUUCAUCGGAGACAAUCAAUUGAGCUAAAAUUCGAAUGAAAUCAUCGAGCUGUCAUUUGCACCGAAAAUUUUCGCGUUUCGUUCAAAUGAUGAGAAUAACGGUGAGGCCCGAAAGAAAGAAGAGAAAAAAAUGACUCGUUAACGAGAGUUCUCGUGCGAGUUUUCAUUGACCAACUCGUCGAGAGAUUUGUCUCGGUUCGAAUAGAAUUAGAUGAUGACCGUCCGCGCGUAAGAGCGGCAAAUACAACGUGUAAGUGGUACAGGAAACGAACACUUGUCGAAGCGAGAAUGCGCAAAAGAUCGUUGAAGAAAUGACUUUGAGCUGAAAAUCUGCGAGUGCAAAAAAAUAAUCAAAAUUGACAGAAAAUUCAAGGAAAAUAUCAUCAGAGAGAAUCGUUCAGGAAAACGAAAAUUGUUCAAUUAUAGAAGAGAGCGUUUGACGAGUUUGAAAUCUCUCGAUUCAAAAACUGCAAGGACUCUUUUUAUACAUUUUUUUCACCUUUUUUCCUUGUAUAUUUUUUUUUUUUCGAGAAGUCGAAGCACCUGUGAUUUUUUCGAAACGCGCAGCCAAUUGAAUUUCGAUCGCCUAGUUAUAACGAGCGUUCAAAAUAUCUGAACAUAAGAAAAAAAAUCUUCGAUCUAUAUACACUUUGAAAUUAUAUGAGCACUCUACUGCACAUUAAUAAGUAGUUGAAUAGAGAAAAAAAUAAAUAAUAAAAAAAGCAGACGAAAAAAAUGAUAAAAAUUUGUUUAAAAAAAGAGAAAGUGUCGAGUUUUAAGCGCUGCGAGAAAAUCCGCAGUUAAAUAUCGCUCCCGUGACCUGAUUAGAACACUUUCUGUGCGCAAGAAUUAAACGUCACAAUUCAAAGCACGGCAUUGAAUUUUAAAAGUCGACUCCCUGAUCCAAUAUUGGAUUAAUGAAAAUAGAAAAACUAACAAAGCGAAUCGUCUUUUUCGAGCGAAGAGGAAACAUCUUUCAUAUUGCAGCAUCAUCACAAGCGAUUAUGUUCACACGUUAUAAUGAUCGUUAUCAAUCCAAUGAUUUCUUUCGAAUCAUCAUUUGUUUAUCGUCAAUAUUGUCAGAAGAUUGAGAAAGGUCACGGGAAGUGGAUUAAAAGAUUCCGCGCAGCCCGUUGCGAGACCAGAGAAAGGGAUCCCUUGACCUCACUCCCUCGAUUUCCUGAUCUCUCGUUCCAAACUAUCGCAUUUUCAAAAAACAUUAAUAUGAAGAAGAAGAAGAAGAAGAAAAAAGUAAAUAUUUCUAUUCUAAACUCGAGUUUUCCUCAAUCUUGGACAAAACUCGGGUUUCAAAUCCAGUGCAUAUGCAUAUAACUCAAUACAUAUCACCAACAUAUCUAACAGGAAGUCUCGCGAUGAGGAUACUACAUUUUUCAUUUGUCAUCACAGAUAGUAACAAUGUUGAAAAAAAAGAAAAAAUAAUAAAAUUUAAAAAUAUCGAAAAUUCAAGAGACUUCCUGGAUUCGUAAUAAGGAAACAAAAUUAAUAUGAAAAAUAACCAUAAAAUCGUAUACAUAUCUCCCUGGAAUGUUUAAGGAAAAUGAAGUAUCGACGCAAUGAGUAUAAUGUAGGAACUGAGCAAACAUUUAUUUUUCAAAAUACUUUAUGAAACGAUUUUAAAAAAUGCAUUGUCAUCGUUGUUUUUAUAACUAUUAUUCAUAUCAUUUUAAUUGUUUUUAUUAUUAUUAUCAUCAUUACUAAUAACAUAAAUGUGAAGAAAUAGAGAAACAGUCAUAAAUAUCUGUAGAUAUAUUAUGUAAUAGACGUGAAAAUUCGUGAAUAUUUUUUUUUACAGACCUUAUAUUUUCGAAGAAAAGAAGUGGGAAAGAUUUGAUUUCGGCGUGACGGUCUCAGAAUGUGCAUUUUGAAUAUUUCAUUCAAAUUACGUUUGUUUUACUUCCGUCGAAGCUAAUUUCGUUUGAAUAUUAUGAAUUAACAAUAAAUUAUUUUCCAACGAAAGCGAGAUACGCCAAAUACGAUUCUCUGCUGGCCCUAUUAAAAGCUUAGGAUCCGUACGCGGCAUAUUCGAGGUCAAUAUUGUAGUACGACCGGAAAGCCAAACUAAUUAACGAGAAUAAUAACGUGUGUCAUCAUGUUCAUUUGGUUCAAUGAGCGAAAAUAAAAUGAGGAAUAUAAUGUCAUUAAAAGUUUUAACGAGACCUUAUAAUAGUGGAGGGACAAUCGAUCGGGGUGCGUAAUUACGAGCCGUUGGAAACCUAGACACAAAUAUAUCAGAAGAAGAAGAAGAAAAAAAAGCGAAAGUAGGAUAAACGUGAAUUUAUUUCCGCAAUCGGUUUCAAUGUUGUGAAACAAUCAUCCGUUUUUCUCUCUCGUAGAAGCAAUCAUCAAUACUCCUUCGUGUUAAGGCUUUUUAGACAUUAAAAUCAGAGGAUUGAAUAAUUCACGUUUUUAGUAACGCGACUCUAUCCACCGUGGUGUCUAAUAUCAAUCCAAAAAUUCCAUCUGGGGAAUAAUCAUUUGUGCAGAUAUCGUCGCUGUCUCACCGGAAGCGUCAUAUUUAUUAAUUCGAUAUACACAACACAUUAUUAUACACAAAAAAUAAUGAAGAAAAAAAUAUAUAUGGAUAUAUAUAUACAUCUUACAGUUACAGUCGAUAAGCGGUAUUUUUGUACAGUGUCUUACAGUGUGUGCGUGUGCAUGUAUGUGCGUUAAUUGCCAGUGAAUCCAGCACCGUUUAUUGUCAAAUGGAGUGGCGAGCCACGAGCGUAAACGUCAAGCUCGAUGACGCUAUUUAUAAUUUGUCGUUUCGUCGUGUCCCAGAGAUUUGCGACAGCCCCGAGCAUCCCGCUGAAUAAAAAUAAAAUAAAAAGUUAAAAAACAAUGUUUCAUGCAACGAUGAGAAGAGAGCCAAUGAACGAAUACGUAAGGAAUGUUAAGACGUUGGAACGGAUUUUCGUCUUUUACCCCUCAGCGCUUUUUGCAUGCGCUUAAUAAAUGCAUAUCUACAUAUCGACGUGUAACAAAAUAAAAUUGUACUAACAAUUAUAUUAGCAAAUACACCAAUGAAGAAAAAAUUAGUUGUUAAUCGAUCGUAACUCAACGGGCAUAUCGUAUUAAUGGAUUUUGAUCAAUUAUUAAAGUGUCAGGCAUUCUGACGAUAUAUAAAUUAUAUAUGAAUGUGUAUCGACGAGAAAUUAUGAAAAUCUAUUAAAAAUCUGUCAACACUUGCUCGUACCUAUUACAUAUUUUGUCGUCUUGUUACACGCUCACGCUGUGUGAUUCCAUACCUCGUUGUACAAUCUUUAAAUUCGAUGCUUGCCAGCGAACAAUCGUCGAAGGCAACUCAAAAGUUUUAGUACGUACGGAAAAAUAAAUUGGAAUUUUCAAAGAAAAUGAUAUAUACAAAUAUAUAUUCGUGUAUUCAAUUACAAGAUUAUAUAGAUGUAGAUUGUGGUAUUAGCUCGUUAACGUGGCAGAUUAAAUUACACUCCACUCUGUGCUCCCUUCGUCGAUGUUAAUCGUAUGCAAUGGUAGCAUCUAUUUCGAGAGAGAAAUAAAAAUUCAACUGUCGAAGCUACGUUAACACGAGUACACUGAUUACCUAUGGAUUAUUAUCGUCAUUGUAAACUCGAGAAUUUAUUAUAUCAGCUGAGAAAAGUAAGAGAGAAUGAGAAUGAGAGAGAGAGGGAACGUUGGAAAGGAGAACGAAAAUGCUGAUGCUAUUAAAAGUGUCGAAAAAAGGGAAUUAAAACCUACAAUUUCAAGUCUCUAUGUGUCAUACCGUUUGUUACUAUAUUGUUGAAUCGAGAGAAAAAUAACAAACACGAUUAUUAUGUAUAUGUGGUACUUCCGAAUGAAUAAAGAUUAAGACAUUCAAAAA